CAUCUAUGAGGCCAUAAAUAGGGAUGUGUGUGUGUUCAGUUUGGGGAAGUGUGAAGUGUGGGACAGGAAGAAACACUUGUCAACUUGAAGAUGUUGAAAACCGCCCUGUGGUUGUACGCUGGAGUGUGUGUGUGGGGCUUUGCCUUUUGCUCAAUCAAAUGUCCAGAUGGCACCCUCUGCCCUGACAUGAACACAUGCUGUUUGUCUUCAAACGGAUACGAGUGCUGUCAAUAUCCAAAGGCUGUGUGCUGCUCCGACCUGACCCACUGCUGCCCCUCAGAGUACAGCUGUGACCUGAGCAGGCAGCUGUGUGUGAAGGACAACCAGCCGUGGCUGAACACUCCCAUGCUAAAGCGACAGGCCGCUGAGGCCCCGAGCAUCCCUGAUCUGUCCGUAAAACUCUUUCAGGAGCUCUCAAACAUCGACCCAGAGCAGAAAGCAGCAGUAGUCCACUGUGACAAUCAUUACUACUGUCCUGAUGGAACCACUUGCUGCCUGUAUGCAGCCGGCGGCUGGUUCUGUUGCCCCUUCUCUCCUGGGAGAUGUUGCAUGGACCGUCACCACUGUUGUCCAUCAGGCUACAACUGUGACUACACGUUCACUCACUGUGUCAGGAGAGGCCUGAGGUAUCCGUUCAUUUCCAGACCGGCUCUGACUUCAGUCCCAGCCAGCCUCAUUUUUCCAUCACAGGAUAAGAGCAGUGAGCUGCAGACAUCACUGACGGCGCUAACAGAAGCCAGCAGCAGCUCUUUUCAGCAUGGAGUCAUUCGCUGUGAUGACGACUUCUUACUGCCCGACCGGGUCCAGUUGCUGCAACGGCCCAUUGGGCCAAUGGAACUGCUGUCCCUUCCCACUGGGUACGUGCUGUGCUGAUGGACGGCACUGCUGCCAGUAUGGCUGCAAAUGUGAUCCAUCAUCCUCCAAAUGCACAAGAUAGCAGGACAGCAGAGAAAACAGGACAAAGAGGACCAGGCACACAAGUGGACUGUCCUGCUUUGCUUUUGGGUCAAUACUUUCGAUAAAAUCUUGCAUUGCUUCACCAAGGCUUGGUACUGAAUCACACCCCUACUUCCACUAGAAAAUAAUUACUGGGUAAAGUUUGUGAUGUUUAGUCUGAUGUUAGAUUAAUGCUGCUGCGUGGUCAUGUGUCACAAGGUGCAGUUAGCAUGUCUCGCUGGAAAUCUGAGCAAAAUUCACGCCAAUAUUUUUUUUUACAUCACUGACGGCGCGUUUUGGCAUUUUAAAUGUGCUUCAAAUGUUUAAUUUUCCUUCUGCCAAUAAAUUUAUGAAGGAA